CUGUUGAUUUUGACGAUCGGCCGCUGCCUCGUCCUGCGCGGCCCGGCCCGGCGGCGGCAGCCAAUGGGCGCGGGGGGCGGACAGCCGCCGCUGGGAGUUGUCUUCCACCGAGUGUCCCGAUUGGGCUUCUUUAAAAAGGCCGAGCACGCUCCUUCUUUUUCACCGGAGCCCCCGCCUCCACCGCCGCGGGUACAGAAAUAGAAAAGAGGUCCGACUGCGGGAGAAAGAGCGCGACACACCAGCGGAGAGUUAUAAACCUGUCAGCCUGCUCCCGAGCUCCGAGCCCCGGUGACCCUCUAUCUUCUUCCGCCUGCCCGGCACCAGCACCAGCACCGUCCGUAGCCCACAGAGAAAAAGAGAGGGAGGGUACCAGCUCGGCUCAAGCACCAAGCCGCGGCUCUGUCUGUCAAAAAAAAAAAAACCACUAGUCUGAAAUCCUAACUUCCCUCUGCGGGUGAACCGAGCCACAGGUUGUCCACCGCCGAGUGAGCUCGACCCGUACCGGCCGUGAGGGUGUCUCUAGGGGGGGAAUGGCAUUGGACUUCGCCGCGGGCUGCGUGGGAGGUGCUGCUGGUGUUUUGGUCGGGCAUCCAUUUGACACUGUGAAGGUGCGGCUUCAAGUUCAAAAUGUGGACAAACCUCUGUACCGUGGAACAAUUCACUGCUUCCAGUCCAUCAUACGCCAGGAGUCGACGCUCGGCCUGUACAAAGGCAUCGGCUCACCAAUGAUGGGUUUGGCCUUCAUCAACGCCAUAGUCUUUGGUGUCCAGGGCAACGCCAUGCGCAAGCUCGGCCGUGACACACCCCUCAACCAGUUCCUGGCAGGAGCCUCAGCAGGAACCAUCCAGUGUGUCAUCUGCUGCCCGAUGGAGCUGGCCAAGACACGCAUGCAACUACAGGGGACUGGAGAGAAGAAGUCUAAGACGAAGCUCUACAAGAACUCCCUGGACUGUCUGGUGAGAAUCUACAGGAGGGAGGGAAUCCGAGGUAUCAACCGCGGCAUGGUGACCACCCUGCUGCGCGAGACACCUGGUUUCGGCGUGUAUUUUCUCACAUACGACGUGUUGACACGUGCCCUGGACUGCGAGCCAGAACAACCGUACAUGAUCCCCAAGCUGCUGUUCGCUGGAGGAAUGUCGGGCAUCGCUUCCUGGCUCUCCACCUAUCCCGUGGACGUGAUUAAGUCACGCCUCCAGGCGGACGGGGUCGGCGGAGUCAACCAGUACAGCGGCAUCAUGGACUGUGUGAGACAGAGCUUGAAGAAGGAGGGGUGGAGGGUGUUCACACGUGGGCUCACGUCCACUUUGCUCCGCGCGUUUCCGGUGAAUGCCACCACGUUUGCCACCGUGACUCUAUUUUUAAUAUACAUGCGCGAGGGAGAAGAGUGUCGUAUUCAGGACCCUGAGCCACCGUCCGUCCAGCUGCAGCCUCUGCAGCCACAGACACAGCCGACCAGCAUGUGAGCCACGUUUCAUCUGUCAAAUAUAGAUGGAACUGUCAGCUCCUCGCAGGUCUGAUCCCUCAGCUGGUUUCCAUAGUAACAAACAUGAACUGGUCCUAAGUACACAUCUGUGCACUGAGCUCCUGCAAAGUGUCCACGUAGUAUUUAAUAAUAUAUAGUGUAUUUUAAGAUAAAAUCGGCACUUGUAAAUAUGGCCUCUUUUUAAAACAUCCUUGGUUUUUGUUGAGUCUUAAGAGUCAGGAAACUCGACAGUUACAGAGUCACGCUUACAGAUGUCCCAAAUAUUUUGAGUCAAGCAAACACUUUGUCAUUGAUGCUGUGUUCAGGUCAAAACGACUUAUACCUGGAACUUAAUUCAACAACUGGUCUAAUAUUCCUCAUCUAUUUCGUCCAGGUCAAUUAGUCCCCUUUACUCUUUAUCCUCAUAUAAACACAGCAUUUUUACAUUGUUUUGUAGUGGUUACAAGUACAUAGAGCUUAUACAUGUACAUUUAUGUAGAUAUUCAUUUUCUGAAGUUACAACUGCGUAUUUAGUUAAACUUUGCUAUGAAAUCAGCAGCCAUCUUUUUACUUCGGUUCUUUGUCUACGGUAAUAAUCUACCUUUAGAUUCUGACAUUUUAUAGAGAAAAUAUUAAAGGGUCUGACAAUGACUCACUGCAGUAUGACACAAACCGAGUUGAGUCCAAAGAAAGCACCUUAUGGUAUGAUACGGUUAUACGGUUACAUUUUUGCCAGUCACAUUUGUCACAUUUGCAAGAAUCUGUGUUGAGCAAAAGGGGGGUUUUAAAGUACAAUCUUUUUAAUUUUUUAAGUUCCCUGUGAUUGGAGGUUUUGUUGUUUAUCAAGCGCCAUGUUGUCCACAAGGGGGUGGUGUCUACACACUAACCAGAGGCAGAGAAAUGGCCCCUGUAAGACUGAGCUGCAGAUGUUUUGCCUAUUUUAUCUUUGUGUAUGAAAGUACAGUUUUACCACCUGUCAGCUAAAUUAUACUGAUCAAACACCUCCAGAGGAUAUGAAAUAGUCAAGUAUAAAUACAAUUCAUCUCGUGAACUUGAUUUUAAUCAUUUACUUCUGUCUGUAAAUUGAUGAACCUGUAACAUUAUUAUAACAUUUCACCCUCAGAGACUCGGUCACUUGUCACUAACUUUUUAUCAUCUGCCACAAAACCUAAAACUAAAGUCCAAAGCUUCAGCACCAAAGACGGAACCAAACUCUUCUAAUGGCUCUGUUCUCUGUUGGCUUCUUCAACCAAAAUCUGUCUGAGACCCCUCUGCUCUCCUCUCCAUGUUAACCUACAGGACAAAGGGCACACACAGUGUCUCUCGGUGCAGUGUGAACUCUGUGAACUACUCGGUUAACAGUUGCAAUACUGAAAACUUCAUUGCAGGUUUAAAAUGUCAACUGAGACACAAGUAAAAGACAAGCGAACAUCAAUCUGCCUGCAGGUGGCGCCACACAGACGUUAGAACUGUCGAAGCUCUUACUCUUCCUGCACAUCUUCAUGUGUUCACUGGUCCUGUGGGGUCAAACUGCUCUGGAGUUGUUCAAAUAAUGUACAUACUGUGAAUUUGGCUUUUUUCUGUUACCAUUUUUUCUUUGUGUUCAACUUUAGGUUUGAUUUUAUUUACUAUUCUGUAUUUCUGUUUUAAGACUUUUAAUGUGUAUAUAUUCUGGGUUUGUCUGACUUUACUGGUGGAUGAUAUGAUUGCUGAAAUGGCUGCUUUAAUUGUGCUUGUCUUGUACCAAAGCAGCAUGUUCUGUUGAAUGUUGAAAUAAAAGCCACUAUCCUCCUCA